CUUUGUAUUGUUUAAACCUUUUAUUUUGAUCUGCGAGUGUUGUUUUUGUUUGUUUAUUUUUGCUUAAAUAAAUUCAACCGUGUAGAUACCUGCCUGCGUCUCCCUGCCAGCUUCCUGGUCUGGGUAUGUCACUACUCAUGCCAACCUGUCGCACAAGCUAAUGCUCUUCUAACACACAAGUUACCAGGUACAGCAUCAGCAUGUUUCACCCAGUCUACUUGAGGACUGUUUAUGAAGUAACUGCACCCACCAAGAAAUAACUAUGCAAAUAUCUUAAUGAACAGUCCUUACAGUUCCCUGAAAACCAAAUAUCUCCUUAAGCAUGGAUUACCGUGACCAUUAAUGUUAAAUCUGUACGCACAUAUGGUCUCAGACCAAAUGAUUCAAUAAGUGUUCUGAGGCCUGGAAUUCACUGCCAUCUGCACUGCACUGGUUUUGAACAUUAGCUGAGCACGGGAGUGUUUCAUUUGUGUAAUGAAUGGAUGAUUUGUAAUGUACGAUUGAACACUUGCUUUGCUGUCAGACCAAAUAACAUUUUUUCAAAAUAAUUAAUGAAGGCCCUAAUAUGCAGUCCUACUAUAAAGAAACCACAGUCUUGUAAAGCCUUUUGUCGGAUUCUUAACUUAUCAGACAUUUCGAUGUCCUGCUUGUUUUUAGUAUUAUUGUUGAGUUUUUAAAAAUAUAUUUUAAAGAGCCUUAAGGUGCCACAGCAAGGUGACAGAUACAUUAAAUGUGGUGGUUCUGUUGUUGUUGUGACAGCAACUCUAAGUUUCACUUGCAUUUCUUUAUAUUUUCAAAAUGGUAUUUUACUUCAGGGGGUUUCACAGACUCAAAUGAAACUAAAUGUUCCUCUUCCUGUAACUUUAAUUCUCAAUCGUUAAUCAGAAAUGAAAAAACAUCCACAGCUGCACUCACAAACUUUAGUAGCUUUGUUGAUUUAAAUCUCCCAGCUCUAUACACUGCCUCAUCAAGUACAUUUCAUACACAAACCAAUAAAGCAUUAUCUAAUUAAUCAGAUGACAGGGGGAGAGCCCUGCUUGAUCUGAAUACACUUAGAUACAUUUGAGUAGUAAGGUUAUUAAAAAACCUAACCUCUAGUAGUGCAAGUAUCUGUAUCUAAAGGGAGGAAUGCGUUUUCUUUUUUUAUAGCAAUAUCUGAGAAAGGUUUUUCCGGUUCACAAUGAAAGAUUUCUGCUUCUGCAGUACUUUGGCCACUGGCCAGUGCGCUUUGCUGCUCAUCAUGAUUUCUGCAGUCUGAACUAGCUUUUUCUUUUAAAAUGUACACCACAAAAACAGAACUCUAACAUGAAAUAUGUUUUUGGACUGAUGAAUGCAAUUAGUUUUAUUGAACUUUUGUUCCACACGUCUUAAAAGAACUGGAAGGAAGCACAGGGGCUGCAAAGAAGCCACAGUAACACAUCGACUGCUCGAAAUAUCCACUCGCUUCACUUCCUCAUACCCAGUGUAUUAUGUUUUGUACUACAGCACUUUGAGAAGCUACAGAGGGAACUUAACAUACAUCUACUGAAGACAUUUCGAUUUGAUUUUCACUGCUUGAUAAGUAAAAAAAAAAAAUCCUUAAGUGCGGGGACAUGUCUUGAAGAGAACCAUCUACAAUGAGCUUCGACAUGUCUUACAGUAUUAUGUCUUUGGAAACUGAGCCCAACGAAUACAGAAUAGCUGCCUUGGUUUUCUACAGUUCUAUUUUUACAAUUGGAAUAAUUGUAAACAUCACAGCACUAUGGGUCUUUGGCUUGACCACAAAGAAGAGAAACUCUGUGACUGUAUACAUGAUGAAUGUGGCCUUAGUGGACCUGAUUUUUAUUAUGGUUCUGCCUUUCCGCAUGGUUUACUAUGGCAAGAACUACUGGCCCUUUGGAGACAUUUUCUGCCGGAUGACAGCCGCCCUGACCGUCUUUUACCCCUGCAUCGCUCUCUGGCUUUUUGCUUUAAUCAGCGCUGAUCGAUACGUGGCUAUUGUGCAGCCCAAGCACUCCAAGGAGCUGAAGAACGUAAGCAAAGCCGUGUUCUCCUGCGCUGGCGUCUGGAUAAUGACUCUGGGCAGCACGGUGCCAGUGCUCACUUCAGAAAACGACCCUGACGCUUUCUCCAACUUCACCACCUGCCUGAAAAUGCGUGACAUCAUACAUUUAAAACACUCCAACCCUGUGAACUUCAUGCGUCUCAUCUUCUUUUUUCUUGUCCCUAUUUUCAUCAUGAUCGGAUGCUACUCAGUCAUCGUAGAUAACCUCAUUCAUGGGCGGACCUCCAAAUUGAAGCCCAAGGUCAAGACAAAGUCCAUUAGGAUCAUCAUCACCCUGAUUGUUCAAGUGAUUGUUUGCUUUGUCCCUUUUCAUAUCUGCUUUGUCUUCCAACUGCUGGAGAACAGUGGCAAUGAUUACAGCGCCUGGGGGGCCUUCACCACCUUAAUCAUGAACCUGAGCACCUGCCUUGAUAUUAUCUUAUAUUACAUAGUAUCAAAACAAUUCCAGGAUCGAGUCAUCAGUGUCAUUCUGUACCGCAACUACCUGCGCAGCGUCAGAAGGAAGAGUUUCCGCACAUCCGGCAGCAUCCGUUCACUCAGCAACAUUAACAGUGAAAUGAUUUAAGAGGGUAUCAUUUUUAGAUCUUUGAUUUAUAUUUUAUUUAAAUCACUUGUAAAUAUUGUUUCACUUUGUGUCAACUUGUUUGAGAUCUGUGGGCAUUGGUGUGUUUAUGUUGUGCUCUGGAUCACUGUUUGUUCAUUCUCAUACGCAUCAAUAGAGAAUUCGUAGAACUGUACCAGAUCUCCUUUCAAAUAAUGUAAGCCUUUUGGGAUCAUGUCCUACCUACUAUACAACGUUCUGUUUUAGACUUUUUAAAUAAUGGGCAGUAAUAUCACAGGGGAAUUUUCCAUAGUCUUGUAGCUAGGGGUAAUGUUUUUCCAUCUGAAAUUUGGAACAGUUCUGUUUUCCACACCAUUGCAUUCCAUUUCAGAAAAAAAGUGGAUUUCUAUUUAAGGAAAAUAUACAUUGUAUACCUGAUUUGCAUCUGCUUUAUCUAUAUGGUUUUAACUGAAGGCAUUUUGUCACAAAGUUAACUACAUACAUUUCAUAAAUAUAGCUAUGUCUUUUCUAUGAGCUACUGUAAUGAUCAUUUCCAAAAAAGUGUGUUGACAAAAAUGCAUGCAAAAAUAUACAAUACAGCAACCAUAUAGUUUGGGACAUAGUAAGUUUUAAUACAGCUAUAUGGCAUUUAUGAAAAAUGUCUUUUGUAGCACUACUACUGCAAAGUUACUGUGUUCAAAACCCUAUUAGCUGGCUACUGCAGUACAACCACUCAUACCCUGAAUACCUAAAAUUUUGAUCACUGUAAUACUUUUAUAUAGAUAUGACCAAUUUGAAACAUGCCACUGUAAAACAUCUUGUUAUCGUUUAAAUGAUGUGUUUAGCACAGCAGUAAUACACAUCUGAAGUCUCAUGCAAUAGAACAACCAACUUCUUAGUACCUUUUGCCGAAUACAAAAAAAAAAAGCUAUUUCUCAUAGCAUUUAGAGUUCCAUUUCAAAUAAUGAAUUCUGCGUUUGGCACUGAAAAUCAUAAGCCCUAUAUCUAUCCCGAGGUAAAACAAUCUGUGAUGCUUUGUUUGUUUGUUUUUUAAACCAAGUAUAAAUUAAAAUCCAAUUG